AUGCUUCAUACGGAAGCAACUAUAUCAAAUAAUAAUGACUCACAAUGGGUUAAACAAGAAACUGAAAAAAUUCGUUUACAACUUUUAUUUGAAUUACAACGAUUUGAAAAUGGAAUAAAUAAACAUUUUGAUUCAUUGAAAAAUAAUUUAGAUUUACAACAAAAGAAAUCUUCAGAAUUAUUGAUUAUUAAUUCAUCAUAUCGUCAAAUAACUGAAUCUCGUAUAUUCAUUCCUCGAAAUUCACUUUUAACAGAUUUAUUUCAAAUAUCACAUAUUCGAGGUUUAAGAAGUGUUUUUGUUGCUAUAUUAAUUAUAUUGGUUAUACAAGUAUCAAUUAAUGAUAUUAUAGAAAAUGGAAGUUUAAUUUUUGAAUGUUUUGCUGAUUUACAUGUUGCACUUUUUAUAUGGUUAAUUAUGCAAUUAUCUACAGCAAUUAUUGUUUUUAUGGGAUUUUAUUCUUGGACUAAAAAUCGGUGUAAUUAUUGGGAACAUUUAAAAUCAAAAACAAACAAUCAAAAAUUUCUUUGUCCAGAUUUUUCUCAAUAUUUAUAUUUUUUAUUUGCACCAACAUUAAUUUAUCGUGAUCAAUAUCCACGUAAUACAAUAAUUCGAUGGGAUUUUGUUUUAAAAAUGUUUGGAGAAUUCAUAGCAUCUGUGUUCUAUGUUUAUUAUGUUGUUGUUCGUUUUUGUAUACCAACAUAUGCAAAUUUAAAUCAUUCAGAAAUAACAUUACCAAUAUUUUUAUCAGUUUUAUUUAAUUCAAUUAUGCCUGGAAGUCUUUUUCUUGUAUUAGGUUUUUAUGGUUUUUUACAUUGUUGGCUUAAUGCAUUUGCAGAAAUGCUUAGAUUUGCUGAUCGAAUGUUUUAUGAUGAUUGGUGGAAUUCAACAUCGUUUGCAGCAUAUUAUCGAAAAUGGAAUGUUGUUGUACAUGAUUGGCUUUAUACAUAUGUUUAUAGAGAAAUUUAUAUUUUAACCGGUCGAAAAAAUCGUUCUAUUCCUGCUAUUUGUGUUCUACUUUUAUCAGCUAUAUUUCAUGAAUAUAUUAUGAUAUCUGCACUUGGUUUUUUUUAUCCAGUAAUGUUUUUACUUUUUGGAGUUCUUGGAUUGAUUUGUCUAUUUCUUCUACCACGACAUAAAGGUGUAGCAUAUAAUAUACUUAUUUGGUUGUUACUUUUUGUUGGUGUUGGUCUUCAAUCAUGUCUCUAUUUUAUGGAAACUUAUGCAAGAAAAUCAUGUCUAACUAAUAAUACAUUUUGGGAUAAAUUAAUACCUCGAUCAUUUGUUUGUCGUAUGUCAUUGCCAUUAAGCAAACAUUUAAAAAUAGACUUAUAA